GUCGGCGACAACAGCAAUCCAUUGCGAGCGCGAUGCGAAGCACACCUUCCACGCGGAAUGCAUGGAGCUCCCCACCGACUCAGCAACCUCUCCGGACAUUUUUUGUCCAAUUUGUCAGGAAUCUUGCCACUCUCGUCUUUCCGCUCUCACCAAGUGACUCAGCCGCUGUCUGCCCUGCUCCUCCGGAGUCCGAUUCUGACUCCAUUCUCUCCGCUCUGCUCUCCAAGAUGUCGCGUAUCGAGACACAGCUGCGGGACCUCUCCACAAUCAAGACGCAACUGCUGGAUCUCUCGACUAUUAAACCGCAACUUGCUGCCCUCGAUGCGCGACUCUCUGCUACGUCGGACAUUCUCACUGCGUCCAUCCUCGAUCUCAAGACGCAGCAGGAUGCUCUCGGUAGGCGCAUGGAUGCCCUCGAGAUGCGCGGUCCGUCCGGCGACCAACGGGAGUUCGAGGGGAUCGAGGCAAGGCUGGAGACUUUUGAGCGGGCCAAGCUGAGCUCGGAACUUAUCAUCUUCGGUGCCGGGGAGCCACCUUCUGAAGCCCUCCGCGAGACUGUUUCGAGCAUUGCUGCUGCCAUUGGUGUGGAGGUCGCCCCUGGCGAUAUAACUUUGUGUUUUCGCAUCCCUGCCAAGGGUGGACGACCUCGCCCUAUCAUCGUCAAGCUGACCACCUGCGACGCUCGGAACCAGUGGAUCGCCGGGAAGAGAGCUAAGGGGAUGCUGGAUGGAUCCGACGUUCCCGGUCUUCCGCCUGAUAUCAUCGACAUCAACGAGCGGCUUUCUCCUCGCGCCCGUGAGGUCCUUGGCGAGGCACGGCGCGCUGUCAGGGAGGGACGCUUACAUCGCUCGUGGGUGCUGUUGCGACUGCUGCCGCUGCUGCGAGCGUGGCUGUUGCGACUGAUGUUGCUGCUGAGAUCUCUGCUCAGCAACAUUCUCCCUAGAAUUUUGUAUUCUAGCCACUUCAUCAAGUUCAGCGCCGAUUUGAACUGAAAAAUUAAACAUUCUUAUUAAUUAUUACCGUCAUAUAUUGUGUUUAUUUAAUUUUUUAUUAUUAAUACGAGAAAACGUCGACAAAAGUUAUAUCAUAUGAGGUGACUCACCCAGUUAUCGAUGGAGACCCUUUUUUACGUCACGCCACCAGUAGAUGGAGUAUCACCAAUUGACAUUCGCGUUCAUACUUUCCGCCUACGUCGUAAAGCAAGAUGGCGAUGCGUUACAAAAUUUUCUGUUUUCUUCUUUUCUCAAGCUAACUUUCUUCUUCUCACACUUAAUAACCUCAUAUUGUGCAAAUAUUGUGUAAUAAUAGCAUUAAGAAUUGACAAAAAUUUUAAAUAAUCAUGCUAAGAUAAAGUUACGUAAAAAACAAAGUACUUUUAUCGAAAUAAAAUUUCUAAGUAAUAUUUACCAAUAAUUAAAUCUAAAUGCAGGAAAAUAAAUAUUUUACAAUUAUUUAAAAAAUCAAUGAAUUCUUUAUUUUAAAAUAUUAUGAUAAAAAUAUAAUAUUUUAUACAAUAUUUUUUCAAGAUAUAAUUAGGAAUAAUUGCACAAUAAAAGGAAAGAAAAUGAAAGAAAGAAAAAAAGUCAGAAGAAAAAGAAACAGAAGUCUUUCUCUCCAACUUUUUGUCAUCUCGCUAUCUGACGCAGGCUGAAAAGUUGGAGCGUAUGCCAGUGGGUGAUGCUCGUUCUGCUGGCGGUGUGAAGUAAAACAUCCUCUGUAGGUUAUGAGUCUCGUUUACGACGAUUUUCUUUUCACAGAAUUUUAUUUACCCUGAUCCGAGAAAAAAAUGACAAAAAUGAAAUAUGUCGUCUAAAAAUUAUUUUAUAUUAGUUGAAAAUAAAAUGAAAAUAAUUAAUAAUAAUAAUAUUUACCGUUGUAUUCGGGUGAAGAAACUCUCUCGUUUUCUUCUUCCUCUGGCUCCUCUUCUGGCUCCUCCUCCUCCUCCUCCUUCUCCUCAUCUUGCUCUUCCUCCACCUCAUCCGAGCCGGAGCCGGAGCCACCAUAUCCUUCGUCAUCAUCUUCCGCCGCUUCCCCCUCUCCUCCCUCUUCAUUAUCGUCGCCGUCUUCCUCUUCAUCAACACCGUUUUCAUCUACAUCCUGCUCUUCUUCAUUUUCGUCUUCCUCAUCAUCAUCAUCUUCCUCUCUAUUUUCUCCUUCUAUUAUUUCCCUUGCUUCUUCUUCCUCCUCGUCUAAAUUUUCAUGUUCCUGCUCCUCUUCCUGUGACGGUCUCUCUCAUCUUUCUCCUUCUCUCCUCAUCUCCUCCCUCUCGUGUUCUUGCACUAGAAAAAAAAGAAAAAAAUUUGAUGAGAACAAAGUCAGGUUUAAUUAUUGGUAAAUAUAAGGUAGUUUUUUUUAAGCUCUUUUUCUUUUUUUUUAAUCUUACCUGGGGAAUAUAAAUUUAUAUCGGAUGGUGUUCCGGCAUCUUCUACAACAUCGUUCUCAUAAUCAUCUAAAACAUAAUAAUUCCAAUUAUUAUUAUUUUAUUAAUAUUAUAACAUAAUAUUUUGUGAUUUAAGAAAUUUACCUGUUAUAUCGAUGACAAGAAUAUUCCGUUGAGUGGGAAUAUCCUCCUCCGCAUGCUCGACUUCAAUUCGUGGUCUUCCUAGAAAAUUCAUAUAUUUUAAAAUUUCUAAUUUACAACGAGAGACGGCUUACGUCUCAUGCCUAGUGAAUGCUAAGCUACUUACGUGCGGGUACGGCGCCCUGGAGCUCCUCUUCCGAGCGACGCCGUCUCACCCCACUAUCCCGUUCAACCGGGAGCGCGACAGGAGCUCGCGGUAGCAACGCAUCGUGUUGCUACGGGUCUUUCAUCUGAAAAAUAAAUAUUAUUAAAAAUAAUAUCUAAAAAUUCUUACAUUUUAAUAUGAUUUGAUUUAUAUUGACUUAACUUGUCGAUUUUCUGCUUGACGCAGGAAGUCAGCUUUCAGACCUCCCGCAUCACUCUCGAAAUGCCCGUUUGCACGCCGCGUUUCAACAUGAUGCUGGAGAAUAUUCUCCAGCCUCGCGUCGCCACCGCAGAACCCUGUUCUGUGCAUAAUGCACAGCAAUGUGCUGGAGCACUCACCCGCGAAUUUAUGAAAUAGCGCGUAAUUUGAGGCACCAUCGUCAAAUUUUAAUUUAUUAAAGUAAUGUUUUUUUACGAUUUUGCUCUCCACAUUACACGCUAUAACAAAAAAUUUCGCCAUAAUGUCGCGCACCAUUUUCACUUUUUUUUUUAUUUUACUUGCACACGCGUUUAACGUGGUACACGAAAACGUGUCUUAUAACUCGAGAGUACGAAAGACGAACUAACGCUAAGUUCUCCUACAGCUCAUUUUAUAGCUUUUAGUUUCUAUUAUUUGGAAAAAAUGUAGAGGGAAAACUUACCUCAAUAACUUCACCUUCUCUUGACCUGAUUGGAAAUUUUCAAAAAAAAUGUCAGGAAGGAAAGUAAAAACUUUGCUAGAUAACUCCACCUUCUCUCGAGCUGAUUGGAAAUUUUCAUAAAAGCCCAGAAAGAAAAGUGAAAACUUAGAUAGCUCCAUCUAUUUUUGAACAGUUCCGAGAAUUUUCUCGAAAAGUCAGGAAAGUUAGAGAAAAAAAUAAAUUUAUCUUGUUUAUGUCUCCGCUUUCUCCUGUCUUAAAAUUCUUUGCUCUAAGUAAUAUAUCACCCCCACCCUCCUUUAAAUUAAAAGAUUUGUUUUUGACUAAAAAUCCAACAAAAGAUAAUGUAUUUUUCUAGAAAUGCAUUCAAAAUUUAUGUAUCUUUUUUUUAGAAUAGUAACCCGUACUUAUAUCGAAGUACCGACAUUUUAGAAAUUUCGACUGACUGUAUUGUUUCAUUGAAAAAACCUAAUGCACCCUGUUUGAACAGGUUAGAACAGGCUCUCCGUUAGUGAUACACAGUAGAAACUCACAUAAAGUGAGAGACAAACUGCAUUAAAAAUUUAUUCUCCAGAAAAUCUAGAAAAUUCGAGAAAAAUCUAGAAAACUCUAGAGAAAUCUAGAAAAUUCUAGAAAAAAUCUAGAAAACUCUCUAGAAAAAUAUAGAAAAUUCUAGAAAAAUCUAGAAAAAAUUUUUUAAAUUUCACAGUUACAUGCGCAGUCACGUUUUUUGUAAUGUCACAACGUCGCAAUAUCGUGACAACGCAGCGUACAGAGUCGACGUGGUUAGCUAUGAUUUGAACUCAAAUUCAUUCGAGUCUCCUCGUUCGAAGUGACAACCUCGUGGACAAGUAAGUCGGUCUUUUUCCCGGUCCGAGUGUCUUUUGCAUUAAUUUCAUCAGACGAAAGAACAAAGAAGAUGGCCAACCAAAAAGUUAUUAUUAACUCUGGGAAACGAUCGGCGGAUCUCGAUACAGCCUGGACGAGCGUCGACGAGAGGAGAAGCGAGCAAUUUCAUAUGUUGCUGACAACAUCAUAUGGACUUAACAACUCACAUACAAAGAGGAUUCAUGUGGGUCUACAAACGACUAGCAAGGGGAUCUUCGAGCCAGUGGUGAAAUUAAGCGGAAACAACGCUGACGGAGUUUAUUUCGAUGUGGAGUCUUGGCAAGAAUUUCAAGAAAACUUGGGGCUCAUGAGCGAAUAUUUGAGUGCCAAUAAUGAAUUCAAGCCAGAUCCCAUCGUGAUGAAAAAUAAUAUUUCCAUCAUCUUUACCACAUCCUAUGGUUCGAAGUUGCUGACGUGCAAGGAGAAUGAAAAUACCAACGUGGAGGUUGGAGAUUCAGCACCGCCGGCGAAGAAGCGAAAAACCUAUGCUGUAACAAUCGUGAUGCAGAAAACUACCUUUCAGGGCUUGGAGAAUCUAGUGAAGUGUGUGAAUUGUUAUUUGGAACAUUUAAAAUCUUUAACUAAUGUCGUUAAUGAGUGCGCACAAUAUUUAAUUAAAGAAAUAGAACUGUAACUUCCACGAAGCUACGUAGAUCGUGACAUUAUAAAAUUAACACUAAGAGGAAAUUAUAGCGAAAUUGGGUGUAAUGUACGUACUCAAAUUAAAGAUUUAACUUUUCUUGACAUGUUCUUUAAUAUAAUAUUUUUGGAACUAACUUCGCUUCGCUUUGAUGAAAUUGUUAAUAUAAUUUUGACAAAUUAUAGAUCAUAACACUGUACAUAGUUUCAUAUUCAAAUAAAAACAAUUGUGAAGCGACAUAUUCAAUUGAGUACUUUUUUAAAGUAAGAAUGUAAGUAAAAUUAUUGUAUAAAUAAAUGUUUUACUUUUGUAACUUUUAAAUUUAUACUAUUUCUUUUACUCAACCUAUACCCUUAAUGUUAAGAAUUUUUUUGUACGUUUUCAGCAUUACUCGUCUUUGAAGCAGCGCAAAACGGAUUUCUUUUGUUUUUGUAACGUCUAAGUAAAAUUAAACAAAAAUUAUUUGAAAGAAUAUUCUUACAGAAACUAUGAAACGUAGCUUGCAUGUUCAUUCCUGUUUUACUGAUUCAAUAAUUGUAAAAAUUCUGUAUUCUUAGCUGUCAUAAAUCAAUCUCCUUUUGUAACAUUCAAAAAUUAAUAUAAAAGAAACCUUAGAAAGUUUAAUUUCUAAAACUAUAAAUCGAAACUCAUGCUCAUUCAUGUUUUGUUAAAUCCAUAAAAAGACAAAAAAACUUUCUAUUGCUUAUAGUUGUCAUAAAUCACUCUCCUUUUUGUAGCAUUUCAAAAUUUAAUAUAAAAGAAAUUAUUUAAAAAGAUAUAUUAUUCUCUCAGAAUUUACAAAACAUAUAAUUAUUCUUGUUUUAUUAGAUUCUGUAAUGACAAAAAUUUUGUAUUGUUCCUUUAUAGCAUUUCUUUGUUACCAUUCUUU